AUGGAAACUCUUACUAAACUAGUUUUAAAACAAGUUAAAACUGGAGAUAUUAUUGUUGUGGCAAUUGGAAAGCCGAAAUUUAUAAAAGGUGAUUGGAUAAAACCUGGUGCAAUAAUAAUUGAUGUUGGAACAAAUCCUAUCAAAGAUCCUAGUAAAAAAUAUGGUGUAAGAUGGGUAGGAGAUGUAGAUUUUGUUGGUGCAUCAAAAGUAGCAUCUUAUAUAACUCCAGUUCCUGGUGGCGUAGGACCAAUGACUGUUGCAAUGUUAUUACGAAACACAUUUGAAAGUGCAAAAAAAGAUUUUCUAAAAAAUAAAAUAAAAUAA